GAUGAAAUGCCAUCCCGGAUAUUCAGCUCACGUAGUUUCACGUAUAGAAUAUUCUCUUCAUAUAAAAUACGAGGUGGCCUGUCGCGUAUACUUUCAUAGUGCUGCACGCGGCUGAAACAAGGAGUUCCUAUCACUGAUUGCACCAUGAGGAUUUUGCUGUCGGUCUUGAUGCUGAUUGUUGCUCUUGGUGCAGCCAGUGGUGCAAGAUCAAGAAAAUGGAAGAGGAAACAGUUUGUAUCUAACAAAAAACCAUCAGAUUGCCCCAAAAACUGCGAGAAAUGCUCCAACAGGUUUUCUUGUUCCACAUGUGACAAUGGAUAUGCACUAUUAAAAAGAUUUAUUUUCUCGCGCUGCGUCCAAAAAUGCCCUAGAGGAUACAAGAAAGUGAUGAACCGUGAAGGUGGGAGCAAGUGCGUGGAAGCGUGCUCCCAAAAUUGCAAGACGUGCCAAAACAAAUUCUCCUGCUCCGUAUGUGAAGGUGGUUAUUCUCUGUUCCGAGGCUUCGCUAGUCUGGAGAGUCGCUGUCUUUCAAACUGCCCAAAUGGGUAUAAGAAAGAGAUGAACCCCUCAGGUGGAUACAAAUGUGUCAAAAAGUGUACAUCAAAUUGCAAUAAAUGCCGAACCAGAUUUUCCUGCGCUGUAUGUGAAGAUGGAUAUUCACUUUUUAGCUUGCGGAUGAUUAAUCGUUGUGUAAAGAAGUGUCCAAAGGGUUACAAACCUGAGGGGAGCCUUACAAGCGGACUUAGAUGUACUAAAGAGUGUCAAGUACCGAACUGUGGAUCCUGUCCCAAACGAUGGGGAGUGUUUCAACGACCCAACAGAUGUGAAAGAUGCAAGCCUGGCUACUACAAAUUAACAGCUGGUAAUAAACCGUGGCAGCAGCACGACUUUUGCUUCUCUCACUGCCCCUCCGGUUACAUGAAAAGUGACAAGAAGGGUGUUCCUGAAUGCGUGAAAGUAGGUGUGGCUAUAAAAACAGAGGCCCCCACUGAGCCAACAACUGAAGAGCCAACAACUGAAGCGCCAACAACUGAAGAGCCAACAACUGAAGCGCCAACAACUGAAGAGCCAACAACUGAAGCGCCAACAACUGAAGAGCCAACAACUGAAGCGCCAACAACUGAAGAGCCAACAACUGAAGCGCCAACAACUGAAGAGCCAACAACUGAAGCGCCAACAACUGAAGAGCCAACAACUGAAGCGCCAACAACUGAAGAGCCAACAACUGAAGCGCCAACAACUGAAGAGCCAACAACUGAAGCGCCAACAACUGAAGAGCCAACAACUGAAGCGCCAACAACUGAAGAGCCAACAACUGAAGCGCCAACAACUGAAGAGCCAACAACUGAAGCGCCAACAACUGAAGAGCCAACAACUGAAGCGCCAACAACUGAAGAGCCAACAACUGAAGCGCCAACAACUGAAGAGCCAACAACUGAAGCGCCAACAACUGAAGAGCCAACAACUGAAGCGCCAACAACUGAAGAGCCAACAACUGAAGCGCCAACAACUGAAGAGCCAACAACUGAAGCGCCAACAACUGAAGAGCCAACAACUGAAGCGCCAACAACUGAAGAGCCAACUACUGAGGAGCCAACAACUGAAGAGCCCACCACCAUGUCUAACUCGUGGACUACCCCAGACACAUUCAGUACCCCUGGACCCACUUCCGCUGAGCUGACUACGACCGAGCUCUUCACGACUGAAUCUUUCACUACUACCGAACCAACCGAUACACCUGAACCAGGCAUUUUCAUAGACUUUUGGCCUUAAGUUUCCUUUUAUCCAGUUGCGAUUACCUCAUGUUUUUACUUCUGAAAGACAACUUUAAGUGAACAUAGCUAACAUGUAAGCGAUUUUUUGGGCUUGAUUUUUAUAGUUAUUGUGUGUGCUUAGUUUUUGUUUGUAUUGAAGAGAUUUCGGAUUUUAUAUCUACAGUAUGGGAAGACAAUACGGUUAAAUAAAAAAUAAGUGUGGAUUCACCACUAGAUUAAAAAUUAAGGUCAUGAGAAUAAAGAAUUAAAGAACUCUUGACUUAAACGAA